CUGUGCAGAGAGAAGGUGCGUUUAGUUGGAGUGGUUUGUUUCUGGAGCGCUGGAUCAUCUCUCUCUCUCUCCACGGGGCGCGUUUCUUCGCCUUAUUAUUUGAUCCACACUUCGUUUUAUUAUUUUAUCCUCCCAUUUUUUACGCGGAUACACAUUUGAAGGAAAACAAACCGUUUAUGGUCCUGGCUGAAGAUUUCACGAUGUCUCGCACCGACGAGGUUCACCGUAUGACGGAAAAUGUCUAUAAGACCAUCAUGGAGCAGUUCAACCCCUGCUUACGGAACUUUGUUGCCAUGGGGAAGAACUAUGAGAAGGCCCUUGCCAAUGUGACAUUUGCUGCCAAAGGCUACUUUGAUGCUCUGGUCAGAAUGGGUGAACUGGCCAGUGAGAGUCAAGGAUCCAAAGAUUUAGUGACAAGUCACGUGUCCUGGGAUGUGCUGUUCCAGAUGGCGGAGGUCCACAGACAGAUCCAAGUGCAGCUAGAGGAGAUGUUGAAAUCCUUCCACAACGAGCUGCUCUCUGAGCUGGAGAAGAAGGUGGACCUGGACUCCCGCUAUCUCACUGCUGCCCUGAAGAAAUACCAGCUGGAGCACAAGAGCAAAGGGGAGAGUCUGGAGAAGUGCCAGGCCGAGCUGAAGAAGCUGCGCAGGAAGAGCCAGGGCAGCAAGAACCCCUCCAAGUACGGAGAGAAGGAGAUGCAGUUCGUGGAGACCAUCAGCAGUAAGCAGACCGAGCUGGACACCUUCAUCGCCGAGGGAUACAAGACAGCCUUGUCCGAGGAGCGUCGCAGGUACUGCUUCCUGGUGGACCGCCAGUGUGCCGUGGCCAAGAACAGCAGCGCCUACCACGGCAAGGGUAAAGACCUGCUGACCCAGAAGAUCCCAGUGUGGCAACAGGCCUGCGCAGACCCCAACAAGCUGCCAGAGAGGGCCAUGCUCCUGGCCCAGCAGAUGGGCUCUGCCUCCCUCGGAGGCACCAGCCCCCUGCAUACCUCCAAAUCCAACCUGGUCAUCUCAGACCCUAUCCCCGGGGCCGUGCCUCUUCCUGUGCCCCCGGAGUUGGCUGUUUUCAUGGGCAGUGGCCUGGGACACCCAGCGAGGUUGAUGGGCCCCGAUGGUAUGUCCAUGGUAAAUGGGACAACAGGCGUCCACGGGGAGGAAUAUUGGACGGAUGGCGGGACUAUAUCUGUGUCCCAAGUCAGGCCUUCAUCCCCUCAGACCCAGGCGCAGAGCCAGUCCCAGGCUCAGCCCCAGAGACAGGUCAGCGAUGUCUACUCCAACACCCUCCCUGUCCGCAGGCCCGCCCCCGCCAAGAACAAGAACCCCGUGGGAGAGACACGGACCCUGCCCAGGUCCAGCUCCAUGGCGGCAGGCCUGGAAAAGAACGGGCGCGCCCGUGUCCAGGCCAUCUUCUCCCACGCUGCAGGUGACAACGGCACCCUGCUCAGUUUCGCUGAGGGAGAUGUAAUCACCCUGCUCGUGCCUGAGGCCCGCGACGGCUGGCACUAUGGGGAGAACGAGAAGAACAAGAUGCGUGGCUGGUUCCCGUUCUCCUACACACGUGUGCUGCCUGAAAGCGACAGCGAGAAGCUCAAAGUGAACCUGCAUCAUGGGAAAAGUAGCAGCACAGGGAACUUGUUGGAGAGUGAUGCAUCACUGCCCAUACCUGACUACGGCCUGACUGCCCGACUGCUGGCACAGAGCCUAGCACAGACCCGCCCACGCCCCUACAGCAUGGCAGGCUUUGGCACACAGCCUGCUAUUGAGGAUUAUGACGGCCGCUUUGCCACAAGUGACAGCCCUGAUGGCAAAUUGAUUUCGACUGUGUGAGAACAGACAUACAGACAGACACAGACAGCUCCGGAUAGCACAGGGGCCUCUUCCUCCCCCCUUCUCCCCCCCUCCCCCCUCCUCUUAGCCUCCCCCCAACCUGUCCACUUAUCUCCUCCUCUGCCUUCCACACACACCCCUUCUCCAAGUGGAAGAGGCCAGUUUCAUCCCCUCCUUUCUGUCCUCUCUUCCUCCUCGGGUCCCUCCUUUCCUCCUUCCGUCCAUCCCUGGGUGCUCCUGCUGCUGCUGCUGGUGUCGGUGUGGACAGUAGCGGUUGGUGGGUGGAGGAUUGCGUUGAGCGAGAGAGCCAGAGCGGGGCCUACCUGCUCGGCAUGCAGCGAUACGGACUCUGAGUACUCUUAUCUGUGAUCGCAGCCCACCACCACGGACUGAUCUCUCAAGAGACUGCCUUUGCUACUGCUUGUCUUUUCAUGCAUGUACAUGGUUGUGUCAUUUUGUUCAAACUAAAAGGACAUGUUCAUGUACUGUACAAGUGCCAAAAGACUUCAAUGUCGUCGUACUAAAGCCACCGGCUGAAUGGCCUUUUUUUAAGCACACGUGGGGCCCAGUAUUAUCGAGUUCCCACCCAACACACACAUGCUCAAAAAAAAAAAAAAAAAGCUUUGUUCAAAGUGAGGCUGUGCAGCAGAUUACUGUUUCUGUUCUGAGAGAUCCCGUAUAAGUCGCGCUGUGCUUCCUCGUGUCAGUGCUAGACUUUCCGUCCAGAGGGUGUGUGUCAUAUUUGCCUUACUUUGCUUCUUUUUUUUGUUUCCUAUUAAACACAAACUUUAUGUGCAAUGACGCAAAUUUUCAAACAGAGCUUCUAGAAUAUACAGAUUAUAUAUAUAUAUCUCUAUAUAUAAAUUGUUUCCGUCAGUCCACCAAAUUGCACUGUAUUAUGAUCAUUUUCAUAUCAAUUUUCGAUGAAACUUUCCACCCUCAGCCCUAUUCUCGGCUGAAUUUACUGCCAGAAUUGUCAAAAUAAAAAACGCCUCACUCCAAUAAUAACCUUCAGUUUGGUCUUUUUUCUGAAGCUGCAGUGAUCUUCUGUUAAGUAUCCUCAAUAACAGCUGUGAAUGAAUUCGUUUCUAGGUUAAAUGACAAACCACGGCUUUUUGCGGCUCUCAGUGUGUUAUUUAUGAUUGUAUUCCCUGAGUGGCUAUGUAGUUUUUUUGGUCUUUUAUUUUGAAAAAUUAUUGUCCUUGUAAAAAAAAAAAAACACAAAAUAUUUCCAGAAACUACUGAUUAGUUGAAGUGUUUAUCUUAUGCAUGCUGUGGAGGGAAACCAGAAAAAUGUGAUACUACAAAUUGACCUUGAAUGUAUGGUGACUUUUUACAAAGGUAUUCUAAAUAAAACAUAUCUCUAUAUAUUAAUAAACA